AUGUCUACAAAGCCACUUUGGUACCGUUGGGCGAGAGUAUAUUUCGCAGGAGCAUGUUUAACAGGAUUGGGAGUAGUAUUAUACAUGACAAUAAGGCCAACAGAUGAACAAUUAAUAGCAAGUUUUUCACCAGAAGUAAGAGCUGAAUAUGAAAAAUCCAAGGAAAUAAGGCAAUUAGAACAAAAAAGAUUAAUGGAGAUUGUAAAACAAACAUCCAAAUCAAAUGAUCCUAUAUGGAAAACUGGUCCUAUUGGAUCACCUUUAGAAAAAGAUCAAAGAAAUUUGAGUUUAGAGUUGGUUGAUCGUGAAUUAUUUCAUAAAACUAAAGCUGAAGAAAAACAAAAGGAAGAGAUAAAUAAAAGUAUUGAACAAAGUAAAGAAUUAGAAAGAUUAAUUAAAGAAAAAAAUGCAAAAAAAUCUUGGUGGAGGAUAUUUUGA